UUAAAUCUAAUCUUAGAGUAAAAAAGGGCAUGCCACCGCCACCGCCACCGCCUCCGCUUCAUUCUUCCUCUCCGCCACCGCCACUGCGUCUCCGCCUUAAAACAUACUCUUUUAACUAAAUUCUUCGUAAUUACUCACAAACACGAAGCUAUAAAUUUAUAAUUUUCAGCAGCGUAAAAUCCUUUUCAAACACAUUCAGCCUCUGCCGCAAGAUUGGCACACAGGAAAGGAGAUGGAGGACGAUGAUCCAUUGGACUUUGAUCGCGAGGAUUUGUCUAUACCCCGAUCCAUAAUGAAGGCAAAGCCCAAAAAGAAAGUCAUUGGUUUGGAUGAGCUUCUGCAAGAAUACUAUCAAGAAAAAAUUAAUGUUGUUGAGAGAGAGUCAAAAAAGUUAAGGAUGCAUGCAUCUGAUAGCUCAGAUGAGGAGGAUGAUAAGAGUGUAAAAAAGAAAGAGAAACAGCUCUGUGCAUUUGUUAACGAAUGUGAAAGGCAGGUGAAUAAACUCUCCGCGACAGUCAAUGUUGAAUCAUGGGGUAAACGGAUAUUUGGUCCUCAGAAAGCUCCUCCAGUAUUACAUUUUCCAGGAUCUGAUGCUUGCCCUCUUUUGCAAGCACUUUCAGAAAAUGACGAGCUCAAAGUGAUUGCAGAUUUGAGUAUUGAAAAUGGGGAAGCUUUUAUGGUAGAGCUUUUAGUAACUGGUUGGCUUCAAAAAUUGGUAUUGUCUCGUGGUCAUUGUGAUGAAUUUACUGUGCGUUGGGCCUUCAAUUUGAUGGCAUACUCAUCAAAUGAAAGCCAUGAGGUGUGUGCUUGCAACUUCUUGUGCAGUAUCAUUCUCUCAGGGAGCGAGGGUGCGUCACACUUUUGUGUUCUUGAUUGGGUUCCUUCUGGCAAACAAAUCAAAGAAAUUGUCCAAAUUUAUGGAUACUUGGAAUAUGGCAUGGGAGAUAAGCUUAUCGUUUCCAAAAGGGAGGAUAAUGAUGAUUUUGAGUUUGAUGGACCACCAGUGAAUAUUCGAUCAUGGCUCAAAUUUGUAUCUGCCUGCAGUCAAGCAAGGUCAAGAGCCAUUUUAGCAACCUCUGAUGCAGAGGAACUUGCAGUCAUGGUGAUUCAGUUCUUUUUAGAGCGUCAACUUCAUUGCCUUUUCAGCCUUUUGAAAGAAUGCCUGGCUACAAUUGUGAGAUUCUUCACAGAUGAACAAUGGUUUGCCAGCUUGCAGGAGAUUUCUUUUUCUCUGCGUCGCAGUAUUCCUGGGAAGGAUUUUAACUGCAUAAGGCUUGUUGAGUCUUUAUCUGGGGUUGACACUCGUAUCAAGGAACUACAAAAGGAUGUGGCCCUUGGAAUGUUGCUGAAUUGCAUUGGUAAGCAGGAAUAUAGAGAUGCCAAAGAAAUAAUUGACUUAUUGACUGCAACCAAUGUGAGAGACAAGCUAACUGAUUUCGUUCAAAUGUACAUUUGCCUUGUCCUUGCUGAUGCUUGGCUGUGGUGUAAUCCUGUAAUCACUGAAAACUCAACUGUUGAGACAUGGUUACAUUACCUUCGAGGUUGCUCUUGUCAAAUUAGCAGCACAGAUUGGAGGGCAUAUGCAUCGAAGGUGCGCAAUAAGGCUUCCUAUCUUAUUCAGAUGUACGAGGGACAAAAGUAGGUAUUGUUCCUUGUGAACAAGCUUGUAUUUUGUUGUAACUAUUUAAGGUGACAUUGGUGUCGGGAAAUACUUAUGCUAUGCUGCAAAACGAGUGCAGACUGUAGUUACAAACAUGUGCUGCCAAGGUCAUGCAUACUGUAGUUACACUAUGCCAUAUUUUGUUUCAGUUGACCGAGUGGUGGUCUUCGGGAGUUAAUAAGUUCUUAAAUUUUGUUUCAGUUGACCAAGUGGCAGUCUUUGGAAAGAAAUAAGUUAUUAAAAUUUUGUUUCAGUUGACCCUGAUUGAUUUUCCAUCUGCAAGUACUUAUGUCACACUCGGAUUGAAUACUUCCAAGAGUCCUUACAGUUAUUAAUAGUCAUCAUAUACAUUGGCAUGUAUAGAAAGUUUAUAUUUUGCAAGUGUCCAAAACGUUCGAAAGAGUAGAGGCUCUUGGUGAUGCAUUUUCAUCAUUGAUCUGUAAGAGGCUGUAACAUAUCUCCAAAUGAAUGAUUGCAGUAUCCAUAUCCUUCAAAGGAUUUCAUCAUUGUAUAACAGCAAGAAGCCUUUGAAUACAAGAAUUUUAUAUGAGGUUGGAUUCCUUCGGAUGAUAGAAUUUCCAUGCACCAGACUCUGUAAUAUGGAGUUUAGCCUUCUGGUCAUCUACACACUAUUUUAUUCUAUCAUUUGUAAAAUAACGAUUAAAAUUGGUGACAAAUUACAGAUCCUUUUUGAUUUGGCCGAGAUAAAGGCUUAUUUUGUAAUACUCUAAAUUCAAACUCAUUUCAAAUUGUUUAUAUAACUUUUUCUCUUGAAUGUGCAACCUUUUACACCCAAGGAUCCAUUAAAGAGAUAUAUAUUUAUUUA